UCAUUUGAAACCUUCAAAAUAAAAGUACAGGAUGUUUGUCUUGAAUUUCUUGAAGAAAAGGUAAUCAAAUGUCUUUCAAGUCGUCAGGGGCCACAUCAAAUGAUGUGGCGGGGCGGAUUUGGCCCGCGGGCCUUGUGUUUGACACCUGUGGUGUUCUUUAAAGUGAUCAACUAGUUUAUGUGCGAUAUCCGACGACAGUAAAGUACAGGAUAUUACCAGGUCCCUUACAUCUCUGGAGGCCUCUGAACGGGGCCUGGUGGUUGGAUCUCAAUGCAGGUUCUGAACAACAAAGCCCGGCACCCCCGCUGACUCGAACUCGUGCAUCGCCAAGACAACCAAACCCUGUUUAACGCUUGUUUAACAUACCUUGUUUAUUUCUCAUAUUUGUUUUACUCUUAUUAUUUCUACUUACUAACUGCUCCUACCAAUAAAUCCAGUCCCCCAUCUCCUCCUGCGACUGGGCUUCUGGGGGGAACUGGACUGCUGUCUCCGCUGCUCGGGAGUCUCUCUUGAUUGGCUCCCACAUUCUUCCCACUCUAUUUGCAUGUGCGCCAUGUGUACCCUGUUGGUUUACUCACCAGGUGGGUGUACCACAAACAAGCAAUACACUUGGAGUACCUUUAUCUGGAUUGCUGUUAUUGUCGCCCAGUUGGUAGUUGGGAAAAUGUGUCUCCACGUCUCCUGGCUCAGUUGAUAACCCCAAAAAAAGCUUCAAGUGAUAGGCUGACAAACCUUUGAACGAUACUCACGUAGCCAAAUGGCUAAAAUGAGACUUUUCUUCAACUCCAUGUUGCACACACAAAAAGAAACGACGAGAACAACACCCCCACCCCUCCUCUCUUCCUCCACCUGUCUCAUGGAUGGUGGAGGUCUGGAUCGUGGUUCAUGCCUACUAUGAACGAUUCAUCCACUCUGUCAUACUCAUUGAAUGUGUUGUAACUCUGUAAUGCUUCCCUCUAGUCACAUGACAUCUAUUAUUCUGUCGAUCCUGGAGAGGGAUCCUCCUCUGUUGCUCUCCUGAAGGGAUCCUCCCUUUUUUACCCUUUUUUUGUGAUCAAAUAUUUUAUUGGUUUUCGAGAUAUGCAUGUAAAAGAAAAGAUGUACACAUUGUAAAUACAAAGGUACUUAGACAAAAGCUAUACAACAAAUAAAAUAAAGAAUAAAGAAUAUAUAUAUUUAUAUAUAUAUGGGUAGCCAUGCAAGAACAUGCACACAUAUUAACAUAUAUAUGCACAUAUCUGCAUGCCCUAAUACAUACACACACAUGAAUACUUGGGAGUUUUUCCUGAGGUCAAAGGUCAGGGAUGUCUGAUGUGUACAGGGUGAAAUGAAAAUAUGUCACGGUGACUCUUCACACCGUCAUUGGAGCGGUGAAAAAAAAGGGAGACCAACUGAACUUUAUAGGACAUCGGUUUAUGGCUUCCUAGUGACUUGCAGAAUGUUGCUGUGUCUCGUCUCGUUGAAAUAGCAUGCCAAUCCAUCCAAUACAAUGUGGUACAUUAGUCUUGAAACAUUGACCUAACUAGAACGGGCACUCGGUAGAGCGCAUACCUUCGCAUAUCACAAGAUUGGGCUUUGAAUUAUGAACAUUUUGGCAUUAGUUGCAUGCCAAUUGGAUAGAAAUUGACCGCGCUAUGGUAAAAAGAAGAUGUGGACCUUUCCAUGACCUUGACCUUGACCUUUGACCCGAUUGAUCCCAAAAUCUAAUCAAAUGGUCCCCUGAUAAUAACCAAUCAUCCCACCAAAUUUCAUGCGAUUCAAGAAUAUUUGACCUUUUUGUGACCUUGAUCUUGACCUUUGACCUUAUCUAUCCCAAAAUCUAAUCGAAUGGUCCCCGGAUAAUAACCAAUCAUCCCACCAAAUUGCAUGCGAUUCGGUUAAAAACUUUUUUUGUUAUGCGAGGAACACGCAUACAAAUGAAUAAACUAGAACAAUAGAACAAUAAAUUACUUUGCUGAUAUGACGCGCCAGAAUUUGUGUUUGGGUGACUAAAUAACCAGUCAGUCGGACAGCUGUUAUUGCACAGACUAUUGCUAAUGGCCCACAGCCAUCAGUCAUUACCAUCAAAUAAAACGAGAUGUCCUCUUAAAAAAUAAAAGGUCUUAGACUGUCUUGCGAAUCUUAAUGAGAGGGCAUUCCUGUCGGUUGGACUUUUGUAUUUAUUUAUUGAAUGAAUGUUCACGAAAGUCUUUGAAAUGCAGACUGUGAGGUGUGUGUGUGGGGGGGGGGGGGAUAGAAACUUCAGCUUGAAGGUGAUCUCAUCUCCUCAGACUCAACAUUGUUUUUGUCAUUUAACUGUCAAUAAAAAAAGUGACUAUACUACUAUACUACAGGGAACAGCUUGGCUCCAGUUGUGCCAGCAGCACUGUAUGCCAGUCAGGAAGUGGAACAACAGGCUAUUCACGGGGCGCGGCGCUCCGGCGGGAAGGCGGUCCUCUCCGGCCACCUGUUCCCUCAUCUCUCCCUUCAUGGACAUCAACCCUUUAUGUGUAUUGUGUGCAGCAUUGCGUCCCUUUGUGUUGCAUAUCCAGUGCACUGGUGUUUCACCGGCUGUCAUUGCAGUUGGUGUUUUGUCAUCCUGGGGGAGGAAGAGGAAAAAAUAUGCAGAGCAUGUAGAGCAGGGGUGUCACACUCAUCUUCACCGAGGGCCUCACCAGCAUCAUGGCUGCCCUCAAAGGGCCGGUUGGAACUGUAACACAGUAUAAACUACUCAAACACAUUGUUAAAUAACUCUCUUUGCAUUUGAUUAUUGUUUAUUUGAGUGUAGACAUAUUGUACAUAAGAACAUUUCUCUAAUAUUAUAACAUAAAUCCAUUUCAUUUGAAACUUUCAAAAUAAAAGCACAGGAUAUUUGUCUUAAAUUUCUUUCAGAAAAGGUGACCAUAUGUCUUUCAAGCCACAUAAAAUGAUGUGACGGGCUGGAUUUGUGUUUGACACCUGUGAUGUAGAGUUUCUCUGUUUUUGCAGUGGGAGAAAUUGUUGAUAAGCAAAUUAAAUGCGGUGGAAGUGGAAGAUUGUAUCACCGUGAAUGUGUGUUUGUAUAUUGUAAAUAUAAAGUGUGUGCCUCUGUGAGGGUGGAGAGGAGGAAGAGGUGAGAAGGAAAAGACACAAGAGGUGAGAGGUGAGAGGGCAAUAAUGUGUAUUACUCUCCUUGAGUAAUACAGAAUAAUGUGCAUUACCCUCCCCUCCUUCACCCCCGCCUUAAAGCCGAGGCACUGUCCUACCGCAUUUGCAUGAAGUGCCAAAAUAAAUAAAGGGUGCAGCCAGAGCUUUGCGCAGGUGAUUAUGCCCAACGGUCGCAGAGGAAGGAGAGGAGGAUCCAGAAGGAGGACCCAGAAGGAGGACCCAGAAGGAGGACCCAGAAGGAGGACCCAGAGCUGACACUGACACAGCAGCGUCUGGGCCACCCGGCACACACCUCCACCUGCAGAGCCCUCAGUGCAGUGACAGAGGAGCAGCUUGGCUUGGAAGGCAGUUGACUUUGUUGCCAGGGAAAUGGGCAUCCAAGAGGACAGCUGACUUUGUUGCCAUGGCAAUGCACAGCGCAGUGGGAGCGAGAAGAGACCCGCCGACCAGAGAGGACCAUCCGAGAACUUCUCCAGCUGACGGAUGGAGCGGUCGCCCCAGAAUUGGUCGACGCGGCUCGGCUCCGGGGCCGAGGAGCCGAAGAAGGAGGCGUCGGACACGCGCCGGCCGGAGUGCUCCAUCUGCUACGACGCCUACGACAACGUUUUCAAGACACCCAAUGUGCUCGAGUGCACCCACACCUUCUGCCUGGAGUGCCUCUCCCGCCUCGCGGCCGUCGCUCGCGGCACCGCCGACGGCAGAGCGGGCGCUCGCCUCUCCUGCCCCUUCUGCCGCCACGCCACCGCGCUGCCCGAGGGGGGCCCUCCGGCCCUGACCACCGGCCGCGAGCUCCUCCGCCAGCUGCCCGGCCCCCAGCGGCGGGAGGAGCCGGUGUGGCUGGAGGGCGAGAAGCUGUGCUGCAAAAGCGCCGACUCGGCGGGCGCCCCCGAGGGCCCCGAGGCGGUCUGCAUCUGCAUCGACAUCGGGGCCGACAGGACGCCGAGGGCCGGCGGCGCUCCGAUUCCGACGUGGUCCAGCAUUGAAAACCUGCUGCCGAACAUGGGGAUUAAGUCGUUCUUGGCGUGCGUGGCGCUCCUGCUGCUGAUCCUCCUCUUCGUCAUUUUCCAUCGGCCGCAGGGCUGCGUGGAACCCGGGCCCACCACGACGCCCACCACGACGCCCGCCCACCACGAGGCCCGCCCGCCACGGGGCCCGCCCGCCACGAGGAGGCCCACUGCAAUCCCCCCGGUCUGACAGUGACCUCAGGCUGGCUGGAUUUCAGAUUAAUGUAAACCCAAUGUGCCAACCGCAAAAUUAAACCAUGCAUUACAUUUGA